CGCGGCGGCGGGGCCAAUCGGAGGGCGAGGGAGGUUGCUAAGGGGCCGCGGGUAGCGGGCCGCCGCAGACGGGCGGGAGCGGCGGUGGCGGCUGGGCCUGCAGGUGCUUGUUCAGUUCUCAUAUCAUAGGAACAGCCUGAAUAAGUGAUCUACAGUCUUCUUGUAUCGGUGCACGCAGCCUUUCCUCAUCCAUCCAUCUUUAUUUUAGUCCCAAAGUCAGCUGCAAGAACGGGAAGGAUAUAGAAGAACUUAAAGGAUUGCUUGGCACGUGGAUCCAGACAGUGAAGAUUUUACUGAGGACUGGCUGUUACUCCUGGUUUGAAGAAAAAGUGACAUUAGUUCAACAUGAGUGUGAUGUUGGAAACCCCCGAGCUGCCGGCAGUGUUUGAUGGGGUGAAGCUUGCUGCAGUCGCUGCUGUUCUCUAUGUUAUUGUUCGCUGCUUGAAUUUAAAAAGCCCAACUGCCCCUCCUGAACUCGUCUACCAAGACUCUGCUUUGUCCCGCUUUCUGCUCAAAUCCUGCCCACUGCUGACCAAAGAGUACAUUCCACCCUUGAUCUGGGGAAAGAGUGGGCAUAUCCAGACUGCCCUUUAUGGAAAAAUGGGGAGAGUGAGAUCACCGCAUCCGUACGGACAUCGCAAGUACCUCACGAUGCCAGAUGGAGCAACAGCAACCUUUGAUCUCUUUGAGCCGCAGUCUGAGCACUGCAUUGGAGAGGAUGUCACAAUGGUAAUCUGCCCUGGGAUUGCUAACCACAGUGAAAAGCAGUAUAUCCGCACUUUUGUUGACUACGCGCAGAAAAAUGGGUACAGAUGUGCUGUCCUGAAUCACCUGGGGGCCUUACCAAAUAUUGAGCUCACUUCUCCACGAAUGUUCACGUAUGGUUGCACCUGGGAGUUUGGAGCCAUGGUGAAUUACAUCAAGAAAACCUACCCUCAGACCCAGUUGGUUGUGGUAGGCUUCAGCCUGGGUGGAAACAUCGUGUGCAAGUACCUGGGAGAGAACCAGGCCAACCAGGAGAGGGUCCUGUGCUGCGUCAGCGUGUGCCAGGGGUACAGUGCACUCAGGGCACAGGAAACCUUCAUGCAAUGGGAUCAAUGUAGAAGAUUUUAUAACUUCCUCAUGGCAGAUAACAUGAAGAAGAUCAUCCUUUCUCACAGGCAAGUUCUUUUUGGAGAUAACGUGAAGAAGCCACAAAGCCUGUCAGAUGCUGAUCUGAGCAAACUCUAUACAGCAACAUCCCUUAUGCAGAUUGAUGACAAUGUUAUGAGGAAGUUCCAUGGCUACAGUUCCCUGAAGGAAUACUAUGAAGAGGAAAGCUGCCUGCAUUACUUGCACAGGAUCAAUGUUCCUCUUCUGCUGGUUAAUGCUGCUGAUGACCCUCUUGUGCAUGAGAGCCUUCUAUCAAUUCCAAGAGCUCUUUCAGAGAAACGAGAAAAUGUCAUGCAUGUGCUGCCCCUUCAUGGAGGCCAUCUGGGCUUUUUCGAGGGGUCUGUACUAUUCCCAGAACCUCUUACCUGGAUGGAUAAGCUUGUGGUGCAGUACGCCAAUGCCAUCUGCCAGUGGGAGAAGACAAAGUCUCACUGCUCAGACUCAGAGCAGGCGGUAUCUGGCCAGGAGUAAUCGACCCAAAGACUCUGGAUCACUUCAGUAUAUCUCCCCCUUUGGGAACUCUUUGUUCCCUCACCUGCUGCUUCAGGUUUCCAUUCCUUUUGAUAUCUUGUGGCCGGGGUUUGAUCACAAAGUUUCCUUCUGAAUUGGAGUUAAAACAGAGGUUAAUAUCUGGUCAGACAAUCUUUGGUUAUAUAGUCACUCGGAUUUGUAAUUUACUGCUCUGCUUGAAGAAUUAGAUGGCUUACUGUGACUUGUUACAGGGUUAUUGGGUUGAAAACAACUUGCUUUGAUAUAGCAGAAGCUUCAGAUGUCAAAGUCACUUCACCAGCUGAUCAAAAGCUUGAUCUGCAGUAUUUAGUUAGGUGUAGAUGGCAGGGAACCUAUGAUUAUUCUCUGUCCCAGUACUAGAAAAACCCUGUACCAAGGCACGGAUCAGACAGUGGUCCAGACUGUAUGCCACGGAAUUGUGGCUUAAAAAACAGAUGCUUGACUGUAAGUGGAGUACCAGCCUUGCACCAUCUCAAGGGAUUGUUUUACUUCUUGGGAGUGUUUUACUUCCUAGGGGUGCAGAUACACAAUUCUGUCAGUUGAAAAAUGUUUAACUUCUCCAUGCUUCAGAUAUCUGUGGGUUGGGCUGUCUUUAUACUGGGAUUCCAGGAAGAGAAAAGCUGCAGACUGAUGAUGCCAGUUAGUGUUUCAAUGUAAACGUGUACUCACACCAAGACCAGACCAGUCACCUUGUCACAUUUGCUUCUUUUUAAAUGUAGUCAUAUUUUUAGAAAUGGAUUUCUUGUUUGAUACAGGGCUUUUUAAAGCUGGCUCUGGCUUCCUAAUGGAAGGCAGCGAUUAAGAAUCUACAGGACCUUUUUGUGAGCUCAAUAUGUUUUGAGAAUAUUUUGUAGUAGGUACUCUGUUAGGGAUUGAACUGUGGGGGGAGAACUUAUCUGUUUAGAUUUACUCCCCUUCUAUCAGGGUAGAUCGUACCAAAAUUCUUGCCCUUAACUUUCAAAGCAUGUAACAGUUUUCAGACACAUGACUUGCCUUACAGUUGAUGGGAACCUGAUGGGUCUAGCCCUGUGUAACUGAAACAGUAUCUUUGUCUAACUGCUUCCAUACCUGUGUAAAUGCUGCAGGAUUUUACUGGCUCCUCACUCGAAUUCCUUUCGCAAACCCAGACAUCCUCUUCUAGUUUUCACAUGCAAAGUGAAGUGUGAUAGCUGUUUGCAGGAAAGAUGCAUACUCACUUGUGCUGUUCCCUCAAGUGGCUGUUAUGGUCUGUGCCAAGACUGUUACUGAGGACUCUAGUUUAUCCCCUGGUAGGAAAGUUGCCCCGUGACAAUCUGGAGACUGAAAAUUUGUGGUCGAAAUCUUUUUUUUUUCCUGUUUGUUCUGUCAAUAUUUCUGUCUCAUUAAUCCAUCCUUGGGACUUCUUUAUCACAGUGUCAGUGAAGCUCUUUUCCCGUCACGCUUCCUGCAUCAAUUAGCACUUUAUUGCUUUAGCCUUGGUUUGUGUUUCAGGCACUUUAGCGUAUGGUUUGAGUGAAACAAGCUGCAAGACUUCAGUGCGGUGAUAUGGGGGAACAAGCCUUGUGGGCUGCCUUGUCCCUGAACUUCAUUCAGUAGGUUGCAGAGGUAGGUUUUUAUUUUAAUAAAGCAAUAAUUAACUAUUGUAGCAAAGGUGCAUUAUCAUAUCAGGAAAUUCCUUUCAGUUUGCCUUAGGCCAAACACCUUGGCCUGUUACAAUGAACUGUGGCUAUCUCCUUGUUAGUAAAUCCAGGUUUCCUUUUUUUCCUCAGAGAAAAGAUGUGGCCAAGUAAAGCUACUGCAGUACUUGGUCAUGUUUGUGGCUGUUCCUUAAGAGCAACUUUAGGGCAUGAGUUAGCAAGGGUAUUCUUAGAUGAUGGAUGUCUUGUCUGAGUUGUUAUCCUCAUAUUCAUGCUGCAUCUGCGUAUACCAGUAAAAUCGAUCAUACGAGGAAUUCAGAGUUUUGCUCAAGUAACUGUUCCUGUAAUUCUCAUGGGAUGUGACGUAGAUAUAUUCUCACUUCAACAGAAGUAGAGUAUAAAUAACAUUUGUUCACAUCAAAAACCUACAGCAUAAAUUUAGGUGUGUAGGGUAUAUAUAUUUUUUCUCUCCAGUGGGUUACAACUUUAGAAAUGUUUCAGCUUUCAUAACAUUCUACAUCUGUAGCUUACAAAGGUCACAGCUGCCUGCCCUGAGGAAGCAAAGCUGCUCUUCCUAUGGCACAAGGUGCCAUCUUUGAAAUGCUUCAUGUCCUGCCUCAGUCCAGCCUUACUGUGCUGUGAGAUGAAUAUCAACUCCAGACAGCUUUAGAGGAACAGAAGCUUCCCUUGGUAACGAUACCGCUGUUGAGGUGAAGAGCCUAUCAUAUGACCCAACAUGUACAUAACUGUGAAAGGAAAAGCAGUAUGUAUGAAACUUCCUUGGCAAGCAAAAUAUCUGCCUGCCUCAAGUGUGAGCAGGGGCUUUCAGCCCAAGUGGCUGAAGUUCUGUCUUUCUUCCCAGGACCCCAGAGUUGCAAGAACAGUUCAGCUGUUGACUGAUCCAGAACCUGAAAGGUGGAAGUGAGAGAGAAUUGCUUGCUUCUGAGUCGAGGUUAGGGAACACAGUGCAUUUUUGCCAACUCAUGCCAGUUCAUCUGAAAGUGGAGCUUGGUUAUGGGAAGGUUUUUCUUGAAGAGCUUUUCCUCCUUCCUUCUUGUAAUGGAGAUCAUUCUUGACAAACCAGGUUUUGAAAUAGCGUUUUCUUGUUUCUGAGAUAGGAAGAAAUUACUUCCCCAAAUGCACCUUUAUUUCAAACUGGCCACUAUUGCAGAUGGCGAGUCAAUCAUAAAUCUUUUCCUAAAAUGAAGUAAGCAUCUGGGCAAUUCUUAAUGCAGCAGGAGCUGUAGCUUUGUUGAAUCAAGUAGAGAUUUUGCUUUAGAAUUUGAUUCAAGGAAUACUCUUUCUUUCUACCCUGCAACCCAUACCGUCAUGUUUCAGAAGUGCUGUGAAAUGUUUGGAACUUUGAACUAGAGAAGUAAUAUAGGUCUGUCCUGCUCUACUGACGUGUUUUUUGCACUCUUCACUUGCAUCUACAGCUAUUCAAACCACUUGUGGUUUGACCAACAGCCUGUUUGGGGAGGAAGAGCUUUGGUGUAGCUUGUUUGUGCAAGGGUUCAUGAGCCUCACUAACCUUGCUGUAGAUGGAAACAGUAAAAAUCUGUUCUCCCCAUCCCACCCAAUUUGAUGCUACUUUGAAAGCAAGACUCAUGUUGUCAAACUUCCAGCAGUAAUUUGGAGGUGUCAAGGAAGCAGUAGGAGAAGAAAAAGUUCAUGUUAUCUAAAGACCUUCAGAAAAGGGAAGCCAGUGCUAAAUUUUGCUCCUGACAAUGACUGGCAGAUGAUAUCUAGUGCCGGUAGCACAAGCAGGAUGACACUUUGUCCAAUCCUAGCCUGAAAUGCUUUUCUCUCCCAAAAUAAGGCAAUACUAGUUUUGUGAUGUCAGCAAAUGGUCUUCACUUGCCCAGUGAGCCCUAAAAGCAAUAUGAAUUUUUCAUCUUCGAGGUGAAGUUGUCUUUUUCAUCUCAUGUCAAAAUAAAUUAGGUUGUCAAAGCAUGUACUUCUGGAUCAUUACAGUGUAGCCUUGUAGUGCAGUUGAAGCCUCCAGCAUGAUGAAUCUGUCCUGAGCUCUGUUUGGUUCCGGAGUGAGAUUAGAAAAUGCAUUAGCAGAGCUCUUCAUUUAUUCUCAUGUACUAUGGACCUCUCUUCCCAUCACUGUAAGUAGCACUUGAACAAGGACUCUCUCAAUCAGGUAGCAAGUUGUAGAACUAUUAUUUUGUUGGUGGUUAGGCUGGUCCAACCAUCAUCUUUGUCGGUGUAUGGAGACAUGUGGAACUUGUAGGUGAGCAGCUGGGACCUGCUCAUACUGCAUACAAGGAACUUGCAGCUUCUUGUUAAUGAAGAUACAGGUUACAAAGACAGGGCAUUAAGGGAAGACACUAAGAACUAUUAUCUCCAGUACUGAAUUUAGCCAAGCUACUUGUGUGUCAUCUGUCCUGGGUCUGUCACAAGUUCCUAGACCACAGCCCUUUGACACGUGGUGCCUUGCCCUUUUUCUUCUCCCUUGACAUCAGCGUAUCUAGAGACUUCAGUAACAGCUCUAUCAGAGCUUUGGGAUUUGCUUUCUAGAGAAGGAUUUCUCAGACACCAAGCAGUGGGACAGCUCUGGCAAUGCACGCUGUGCAAGCGUGUGCUGACUUAAAGGACCUUUGUGGGCAGCGUACAACUCGCUACAGUCUAUUCUAAGGCUUAAAAUAGCAAUGUAUAUAAGCAGUGGAUCAUCUUGCAGCUCUGCUCCUCAAAUUUGCCUCUGGCCAUAGGGAUUAAGUCAUAGAAGGAGGGUGUGCUUAAUAAGUGACUUUCUGCCAUACAGCCCCAAUGUCCUAAAGUCUAUGAACUCUUCAGCAAUGUAGCUGGAGGUAGAAUGCCCAUACGACUGCAUCUCGAAAGAGCAGAGCAGUAACUUCAGGAAUUAAUUGCCAAACAGUUCAGUCAUCUGGAUUGCUUCCAAGUUGUUGGGGUUUUUUUUAGAAAUAUAGUAUCUGUCUGGAGUUUAUUGAAAUUCUUCACAGCCUUUUCCAAGGAGAUCAGAAAAGGCCUAGUCUUGUGCUGCGUGUGUAAGUCACUUGUUGUGAAGAGCAUCACAUCAAGUCCUGCUCUGUGCCCUUAUUCUUCUGGCAGGUCUGUUGGUUGGGUAGGUCCCAGAGCCACAGUGACUCAAGCAGUGUUUCCUUCAGAGUUCCUAAUUCCAGGCAAAAAGCAAGCAGCUCAUCUUGGCUUCCUGAGCUUUAUCCACACUUAGAAUGGCUCAGAGCAACACAGACCCAAGGAGGGGCUGCCUUGUAACUGUACCCCUUUUAUUGCCGGGAGUGUGUCUUAAAGCAGCCCGGACUUCUCUCAGCUCUUAGGGAAGCUCAGGUAUAAGUGCUGUCAAUGAGUCCAAGCAGUUGCCAGCUUUCCACACUGUAGCAAAAAGGCUUCUGGGAUUAUCCUGAACGACUGCAUUUUCAACACCUUGUUUUGAACACUCUUGGUUUUGCUGGUCAAUCAGUGGACAAACGCUGCAAUCCAGGGCAGCAUUUAUCAGGUUGGACCUGUUGGUGUCAAACAACCUUUUCCAGCCCUGUGUACCCUGUGGAUAAAAGGCAUGGCUCUCCUGCUCACCCUAUGGCCUUGCCUAACCCAGGUGACUUUAAUGCCAGUAAGGAGCAGUCCCACUAGGUGGCUCUACACAAAAAGCCUUUCUGCUGUUGUCUGAGGGACAAACUUGCAUCAUCUGUCUCCAGACAUGCAAGAGCUUUGAUUAGCUGCAGAAUUUCCUUCUAGGAUCUCUAUUACAGCUUUGCUGAGAUACUGACCCUUCUGAUGGCAAGUCUUGAAGAAGAAGAAAAAAAAACACAACAGUACAACUUGUAUUUGAUAUAACCAAACCUUACUGCUUAGCCCAAGCCAGCA